CCUCAGAGUCUUUCACAAACGUGAUGCUACACACGAACACGCAAACUUUAUAAAGGAAGAAAAGUUUGUGGUCAUUUUUGUAACAUGUUGUUUUAUCCGUCACACUUCAAAGUUGACACUCGUGGAGUUGAUUUAUGCGUUCACGGAUGAAGAUGUAGAAAGAAUGACAGCUCCUGUUUUGUACUCAGAAUCUCCAUCAUGGUCCAACAUCACCAACCAAACAAACCAGAACCAGACUUGUGACAGCAGUGAGAACUUCAAAUAUUUGGCCUACACCAUCACAUACAGCGUGGUGUUCCCCAUCGGACUCAUCAGCAAUGUCGUGGCUUUGUUUGUAUUCUUUUGUCUCACGAAUAAGAAGUCGGCCAACACAGUUUUUAUGACUAACUUGGCCAUUUCAGACAUUGGCUUUUCAUUGACGUUGCCCUUGCGUUUGGUUUAUUACUUCCGAGGCUGUCACUGGGAUUUCCCGGACUGGCUUUGUCGCUGGUGUGUCUUUUCCUUUUACGUCAAUCUUUACACCAGCGUUCUGUUUCUGACGGGACUCAGUGUGUUACGCUACAUCGCCGUGGUUCACCCCAUUAAAAACCGCACUUUGGUCACUGUACGGCGGGCCAGCGUGGCGUGUUUGGCCAUCUGGAUCUUCGUGUCCUGUUUGUCGUCACCUUUUCUCAUGACAGGUACGAUAUGGCGGCAGAAUAAAUUGCGCUGUUUCGAUCCUGGAAACGACACGUCCUGGAAUCGCAUAUUUACUCUGAACUAUGUGGGGGUUUCGUUUGGAUUCGUUAUUCCUUUCAUCACAAUAUUAGUCUGCUACAGUUGCAUUAUCCACAAACUCGCAAUGAGAGGGAAAGAUGUCAAUUUCAAGAGGAACAUCAGGCAGCGCUCGGUGUAUUUGAUCGCAGUGGUGCUCAGCACGUUCCUCGUGUGUUUUCUGCCGUAUCACGUGGUGCGAACGGUUCAUCUCCACGCGGUGGUGUCAAAGAAGCCCUGUCCGCUCGUCGAGAUGUGGCGGAAGGUUCUGGUGGUCUCUCUCUGCAUGGCGGCGUCCAACAGUUGCUUCAAUCCUCUGCUGUAUUACUUUGCAGGAGAAACCUUUCGCUCAACCCUUCGCAGAGGGUCAAACAAGGGAACGGUCAGUUCCAGCACCACCUUCAAUUUGUCUUUUCGACGUCAAUUCGCUGACACCUCGCAGAGACACCGAAGCUACAAGGCCGCCAGGCAAUGCUGUAGAGACCCCGCAGACCGCAGCGGCCGGGCCGAAAACAAGGAGAAGCAGAUUGGGUCAAGCAAUGCAAACCUUUGGAACUGCAUUACUCUGAAUGUUAGAGAAUGAGGGGGAAAGGUCAUUAGCACAUCAUCACAACAACCCUCACUGCUUAAAUCAGAUCCCAGCUCAAAUACUUCUCAAGACAGCAAAUCACAGACGAGACGGAAAUGGGAGGCUAAAUUCAGUGGAACAUUGGGUGGAAGUUUGUUUACUCUCAUCAGUCUGUUUGAUAGAAGACAGGAUGAAAAGGUCAAAUUAACUCUCACAGUGUAUUUAUAAUCCACAUUUUGAGAGUUUCUUAACACUGGCAAUUUUUCCGUGUUGUAAAUAAACAUUAUUAUAUCCCAUCAUUAUUGGCAAGCCAUGUAUUUAUUAAAUAUCUCCUCACUGUGUAAAAGCAUCAAUACAAACUCUACUAGAAUACAUUAUAUACAGUAUAUUAGAAAUGACAUGUCUUCCCUCGGUGUUGUUCUACAUUAAUGGAGUGAAAUCUGCGGUUUACUGAUGAACUAUAUUUAACAAUAAAAUAGCAUGUACAAUCAACAACUCUGUGUGUUUAAUGCUGUGUUAGUGUUGUUGUCAUCACAUUACUUCUGCUUCAUGUAUAUCACAUUGAAAGAUCAAGCGUUGUGCAGUGGAUUGUGGGAUACAUCAUCUAGUGCAUUGUACAGUCAAUACUGUAUAUUAAUACAUGUACUGUAAAAGGUCCUUUGAGUAUCGUGUUCAUUCUUCAGAAUAAGAUUCUUGAUUUCAUAGACUGCACAUGCACAAAUACUCCAUGCAAAAUCUCAGUCACACUGUAAAAAAACAGACAUUUUCUGUAAACUCGAAAAACAGCAAUAUACCGUAAAAUUAGAGGAUAUAUAUUAAAUUGUUUUCCCCAUUUUUCUUGUAAAUGUGUUUUCUUUUUCUGCAAUUUUAUCGUUUUGACUAUAUUAAAAAAAAUACAUUAAAAAUCUGUAUUUUACAUUGGAAAUCUGUAAGAAACAAAUGUAUAGUGCAAUGCAAGUCGCUUUGGAUAAAAGCAUCUGCCAAAUGUGUAAAUGUAAAUGUAUGGAGUCGGUGUUAAAUUGUGCCUUUAUUUACACUGGUUUAUUUUGAGAGCUCUUCCAAGUAAACAGGAAUAGAUCUGCGAGAUUAGGAGUCAUCUCACAUCAUAUUUUCUUUGUAGAAACAGUGGACAACCUAACCGGAGAGAAAAUAACUGAGGCACAUCUCAUCUCAAUAUUAUUGGCCACAACGCUUAUGAAAAACAAAACAAAACUUCAAUCAAGUCUGAAUAAUUCAUGGCCUGAGUUCAACAUAAUGUGGACGUGAAAACACUGUACAUCUGCUGCUGAAGUCAUUUGUUAAAGAUGCUGUUUACCCACAUAUCUUUCUCUCAUUCUGAUGUUUAGGAGUAUGAAAAACAAGAUUGCUCCAUUUUGGAAGGAACACAGGUGUUGAAAUGUUGCAGAGUUUAUGCCUAUACUUGGUGUGCAAAUGUUUGGGAUGCCAAUGAGACUCUUAGCAGGAAUGCUUUUCAUUCAGGAAUAACGUGAGAAAGUUCAGACCCCUCAGGGCCCCAAAGCGAAACCUGUUUCUGACAGUGAAGAUAAAGAUGCCUUCACUAUACUGAAUAUAAGACAGACCAAACUCACAAGAACUUCAACUGCAUUUCAUAAGAAAGCAAACAGAGGUGUUCAUAUGAGAUGCUCAACAGCUGUUGGACGCUUCAGAAGAAACUGCAUGAAAACAAAAAAACCUAACCGAAUAUAACUGGCCCAGAAAUAUCUUAAAAUAUAGCAGUGUCAUUGUUUUGUCUCGAGAUGCACACCUGUAAUGUAUUCUUCUAAGGCAUUUUUAUAAAAGCGACAUAAAAAUCUUAAUUCAACCAAGGCAUGGUCCUGGUUUAAGAUAAUCCCUGGCCAGGAAACCACCCUAUGAUGUUUACCGUUUGUUGACAGAGUUGAGAUGGCCAUUGAUGUGUGUUUACAGUAUCUGACCAUUAAAGCAUGCUGACCAGAUAUCACAGAUCCCUCAAACUGCAUCAUCAUCCAAAGCUGUUCAACAAAAUCAAAAACACGACUCCUGAAAGAUUGAAGCCUGUACAAGGUUACAAUUACUACCCGAGAUAUAUUUUUAUUCUCUGCUACUUGUUUUCAAUCUAAAAAAAUGUCUUGUAUAUUCCAGCAGAUCUUCACAUUAACGUUUGCUGUAGUUUUUGCCGCAGGUUUGCCAGUAAUUUACUGUAGAUUUGAUUACUACUUCAUUUUUCCUAUUAGUACUGUUUUAAUUUGAUUUCAACUUUAAUCAAAAUUUAAACACUUUGACUUGAGAUUCAAAAUGAGCAUGAAGCAUUUUUUUGCUUUCUAGUAAAAAUGUUUAAAACUUCUUAAAUCCCGAUACAUUUACAUAAGAAAAGUGACCAAAGAUAUUUUGUCUUGUUUUAUGAAAGAAAAUAUAAGUAGGCAAGUUUAAAACAAAAUUGUAAAUUAAAUCUACAGUAAGUUACUGGCAAACCUGCUGCAAAACUACAGCAAAGUUUUACAGUGUUUAUAGACGUCUGAAGUUUUGUCAAGUCUUUUGUGAACGGCCCAUGACGUCACAAGCUCUCUCUCUCAAGACAUGAGCACAUCAGAGACAUCUCAAACUGGUUUUUAUUACAUCUUAAAUAACAGUACAUUUUAAUAUAGUAUCUAUGUUGCAUCCAGCGUUCUGUUACACCGACAGACUGAAAUUAAAUACAAAAGGUGUCAGAUAGGGAGCGCUGAGAUCUACAGUUACUCAUGAAGAGAGAAAAUAAUGGGAAUCCGUUUGAAUUUAACUGCAAUUAAUCUUUACUGGUGGCAGCACACACAAAUACAUCACAAUUAUUGUACAUUAUCGCAGAGAAAGGAAAAAACAAUAAUAAUAAAAAAGUCACAAC